AUGAUGAACAGUGCUAAACUGGUGAACGGAGGUGCUAAAUACCUCGACUCAGACAAACGCCGGGAAGAUCCGGCGAACAGCCAAAGAUUGUUAAAGUUCCGGAGGACCUUGUUAACCAUUGAGGAGGAAGCGCGUGGGAACUUUGGCAAAGGUAGCAAAGUUCCCGUGAACUACACUAAAUGGAAAGUUCCCGCGAACAUUGUUGUGCUAGCCAGCCAAUCGGUACGGGACCACGUUUCGAGGGCGCGCGCUUGA